UUGAUCUUCCUAGUUCAAAACAACCCUUCCUAUCCACAGCUGAAGUGAGUGAUACGCGAGCCAUUUGCAGCUUUGCUUGAUAAAAUAUUAUUUGGUGGGUAGCAGUGAGGAUCAAAUGGCAAUGGCAACAGCUGUCGUAUGUCCUCAGAACAUCACCGGCGGAGCCGUCGUCAGCUCACCUGCCAAGACCAAGAAGAGAAUGAACAGAGUGGUACACAUAAGAGGCCUUAAUUCAUUUGGGGGACUCAAGGCUAGCAAUGAUGUUGUGGCCUUGGGGCUUCCCUUGAGCACUGAGAAGGGUUUCGCCAAGAUUAUGAGCUCGGUGAAAGCAACAGCAUCCAAUGGAAAAGGAAAGGGAGGAGGGGCGCUUUCAUCCACUUGCAAUGCCGCCGGUGAGAUAUUCACAAUUGCUGCUAUCAUCAAUGGCCUUGUUCUUGUGGGGGUUGCUGUUGGCUUUGUGCUCCUGCGAGUUGAAGCGUGGGUGGAGGAGUCUGAGGCAGAGUGAAAGUUGAAUCAGAUAACCAAGUAAUUAAUUAAUAUCCACACUAUAUGUUCCUUCUAUAUUUCAUGCUUCGCCUGUUCUUCUUUUCAUUAUGACUUGUAUAUCUAUUUCUGAACUUUCAUCGUUUUCUUGUUUCCUUCGUAAUUGGAUGAUCUCUCUUCAAUAAUUUAUUGCCUUCAA